GCACCUAUGUUUUUUCUUUUUCAUUUACAUUAUCAUAUCAUCUUAUGUGGCAGAUAUGUAUACACAAAACUCUUGGCAAUCUUUGGAAAAGCAAGGCGACAUGUAGAGGCUUUGAACAUUUUUAAAGCAAUGCAGGAAGACUACCAUAUAUAUCCUGAUAUGGCUGCAUACCACAGCAUUUCUGUGACUCUCGGGCAAGCUGGUCUGAUAAUAGAGUUACUGCAUGUAAUUGAUUGCAUGAGGAAACGACCCUCAAAAUUAUUACAAAAAAUGCACUGGAAUCAUUGUUUGGAACCUGAUGUGGUGGUCUACAACUCAGUGUUAAAUGCUUGUGCCACUCAUAAGCAGUGGAAAGGAGCACUGUGGGUGUUUGAAAAGCUCAAGCAUAAUGGCCUAAAACCUUCUUCAGCAACUUAUGGCCUUGCAAUGGAGGUGAUAAGCAUUUAGCAAUGUUUCCUGCUUCAAAGAUCAAGAGUGUGGAUGCAGCCAGUGAGUCUGGAGUUUGGAUACCAGCAAGCUCAUUGAGCCUCUGAAGCCACAUUCUUGAAGUUUAUGAGUAUCCCUCUAUUUCUCUGCAUCCGUAAAAUGUUUUCAUUGAUAACACUAAACUUUAAGAAGUGAUGCUUUGUCCGGAUGCCGUUCAUUUUAACUGUUAAUCAAUUGCUUCAUUGCUUGGGGA